CUGGGCGCCAUAUUUGUUCUUAGCCGGCUCCGCAGAGCUUGAGUUUUGUCACUAAUUUUUCUGAUUUUGCAGCGCUUUGAUUAGCGUAAAUGAAUGCGAUGUGGACAAAACGGCUUCUGGAGUUUAAGUGUGAGUGUAUUAGUUCAUCCAUUUUGUAAUAUUGUUUGUCGGUGCUUCAGAUUUUGCGCGUAAACAAACACAGCCGUAAAUUGGUACAAUACUCACGUGCAAAUGGAGUUGAAUCUCCAUGAAGCCCACUUUGAUGGAGUUGGCAUAGAAGUUUCAUUUACAGUUCUUUUACACCAUUAUUUUGGAACUUUGAUCACUGGCCGCUUAAUGGAAAUUCAACUAGUAUCUGUGAAGCGCUCUUUGACCCCCCUCCCCCCAUCCUUUCUUCACCUCUCUUCCCCCUCCAACCCCACUAGCUCCCACUCCACCCCAAAGCACAGGAAGCUGGUCACUAUUAAAUCUUAAACAAUUUUUAGGCAUCAAGAUGGUUUCUGAAAAUCAACAGACUGUUAACAGUCUUCAGGCGCGGAUCCACACUGGUUUCCACAGUUUUACAGAAAUCGGUCAGAUUUUUUCACGAGAUAUAUUUUUAGUUAAAAAAAAGCUAUGCAACUAGAAAUCUUGUUCCAUAACUACAACAUGGAAAUUGACCAUGAUAAAAUCCUCCGAUUUGCAAGGCUUCAUUAGAAGAGAAUGGAACUGGCCAACAUCCUGUCUGAAUGACUCAGAAACCCAGGAAAGGGGCCUUUAGGUAGUGAAAAUCCAAAAAAAAUUCCUGUGACAGCCCAUGCUCCCUGAUCCCCCAGAAGCUUGCGCCCUCGGCAGUACGUUUUGUUAGGAAAUCGGUCAAAAUUUAUCCUAGAUCGGCCCCUGGUCUUUCAAGGUCUUGGGCGAGUGUCCAUAUCAAGUGCUCAAACAGGCCAAAAUACUGCAAGCUUAUAAGGCCAUCCCCUUUUUUUUCUCCGUUUACUGUCGUCUGACCGACCCAAAUGUUUGGCAUUUUCAAAAAAAAAAAAAAANCAGUACGUUUUGUUAGGAAAUCGGUCAAAAUUUAUCCUAGAUCGGCCCCUGGUCUUUCAAGGUCUUGGGCGAGUGUCCAUAUCAAGUGCUCAAACAGGCCAAAAUACUGCAAGCUUAUAAGGCCAUCCCCUUUUUUUUCUCCGUUUACUGUCGUCUGACCGACCCAAAUGUUUGGCAUUUUCAAAAAAAAAAAAAGUAACGACGAAAAAUGAGCAUAGUAUAGAGAAAAACAGGAACAAAAACAGGAACAUUUUUUACAGUAUGUUGUGCAUUUUUUUCAUCCAAAUAUGUGAAAUGUUAACUUUUGAUGUCGUCCUGGGGUACCAGGGCCUCCUAUUCCGAGACUUCUUGUGAUCUUUUUUUUUUAGGUUUUUUUUCUUUAAUCUGACCGACUGACCCAAUGUCAGGAAAUGCAUUUGACGGUAAACGAGAAAAAAAAGGGCAUGGCCUAAGGGGAAACUAGGUGGGGGAGAUAAGAAGAGUUGGUAAAGGUUUCAUGGUGUUUUAUAGUUCAUGAGCCAAUCCAGUUUUCUCAUGCUCACAACUGAUGCCACAGGGAUUUUAAAUACAUUGGUUAUAGAGGAACAAAUGGCCUCUUUUCCUCCCAUUACCCUCAGAGUCUCUUUCUCUCUCAUUCACUCUCACUACUAGUCUUAUGGGCUGGACAAUCUGCAAGCCAGCGAGCCAUGUGAUCCGUGGGAAAAAAUAGAGUUUUAUGAAAUUGUGAAUGCAUGAAAAAUGUUUUCUGCUUAGUUCCGAGGUUUGCUGAUGGAAUAUUUGCAGAAUUACACAGUAUUGAUCGACUUUCACUGAUUAACGAUAAGUGCUCAUAGUUUUAUUGACUAGGGUUAAGCACUUGCUUUACAGAUUAGGGUUAAGCGCUGUGUAGGGUUAAAAACUUUUUUUACGGAUUGGGGUUAAGUGCUUUUUGGUGUUAAACACUUAUUUACAAUGGUUAGCUUUCGGUUAUUUUUUUUCACAUUACUUCUUUUUCGAUUUUUUUCUAUUUUUCUUUUGCAUAUGGCUCACUGGCUCGCACUGUGUCCUAACUACUAGUCUUGCCAAGUCUAACCAUUUUUUGUACCCAUUCAACUGACUACAAACAGAUUGCAAGUAACAGAAGGAAAAAAAUUUCAGUGAAACCAUAAACACUGAUUGAGAAUUUCUGUUGCUUGAAAAUGACAUUUUUUGGGAUAUAUUUAUCUCAGUCUUGUUUUGUGACCUUCGUCAUUACUUUCCUCUAAAUGUUCCUACAAUUUACCUAUUUAAGCUACAGAUAAAGUAAAAUUGAGUUUAACCGGAGUACAUUUUCGUGUAGACCAUCGCCAAAUACAGCUAUUGGAAAGGAUAGUUCAUCGCAUAUGCAGGUAUGAAGUUGUUUCUGUCCUUAUGUCUGUAACCUGAAUUAUUAGUUCCUUUUUGUUUGCAAAAACUACUCAUUCUAGAAGGAAACCUAUUGACGGUCAUGAGCUGGAUAGUUUAGUCCCAAGUGUCAUAUUGUACAGGUGUUUGGACUAAUAACUCAGGAAGAGACUUUAUUUAGUUUGCUAUCUUUUAAAAGCACACUGGACAAUUUAAAGACCUGUCUUUAAGAAAGAGGGAUUUUUGUGGUGUUAUAAUAAUUGCUGUGCCACUCUUUUAUGGUAGAAAUUCUUCAACAAGCAAUUCAUAUGAAGUGAUCACAGAACUUAAGCACAGAGUUUCUCCACCUGGUUAUGUACCUCCACAAAUCAUACGCCCUCCUUAUGCUGAUACAGGCAUAGUACCAGAACCCCCUGAAGCUAUUGAAAUCAAAACAGAUGAGCAAAUUGCUGCUAUGAAGACUGCAUGUAGAACAGCGCGGAAAGUCCUGAAUAUCGCAAGGGACAAUAUUAAGGUGAGAGAAUAAGAAGUGUGUGUUGUUUUAACAAGCCAUUCUUAAGCUUUUGGGGCAAUAGGUUAUGAGGGGGUUGAAUGAAUAAAUGGAUUGACAGAUUUCGCAUUAAAAUAUGUUUUGAUUGAGGACUUGUCUUGUGCAAUAAAUUGUGAAUGGGUGGAUGAGUGUAUCCCUAAAAUGUAUAAUGGUAAUUGGACUGACUGGAGUCCAGUUUGGUCUGUAAUCAUAUUAGUGACUCCUACUACAUGACUGUGUGAUUUGUUUAAUCACGAGUAUGAUUACAAGCCGAAUAUUUGGACAACAUGAAGUUCUGUUACAUUACCAAUUAAUCAUAACUAUAACAAAAUUUGUGAUAUCUUAAGCUUUCCUAAAAUUAAAACACAGGAUAUUCUAAUAGUUUUUUUGCUAGAAGUGAAAAUAAAAACCCAUUCAAGUGCGCGUGCACAAUGACGCGUACUGUCUUAUUAGUGCUGAAAUCAGGAUAGUUGAUAGCCAAUCAGAUUUGAGAAUUUCGUUAUAGUUAUGAUUUGAUGGAUUACAAAUCAGUUUUGAAUUUUAGCCCAGAUUCUGGACCCUGCAUUUCUCAAAGUUUAGAUCACAGAUUUUGUACAAAAAUUGGAUCAGAAACUUUGGUCAGCCGUGGAUGAAAAGCUGGUGACUUUGUCAACUUUUUGUUAAUAAAGACUUGUCCAAUCUUGUUGCUAAUUGUUUACUGCACGAGAUCCUGGGGAAACCCUUGUAAGACCUAGUGAAAGGGAGAUAUAUAGAUUGGUGGAUGUUUCGAGUAUCAAAGAAGCAAUUUUCAGGUAACUACCUUUUUUUUCUUUUUGUGCUACAUUUCCUGUCCAGUUUAGGAAGAAAUGUUAAGAAAUGUGCAUUUAGUUCUCAUAAAGAGACUUCAAUGAACAAAAUGUGUACCUUUAUACAGUUGUAUACUUUUUGGUCAUCAGAGUGGCCAGUUUUCUGGUUUCUAGUGUGUUUUAUACAUGUAGCAGUUGUAGUUUUGUAGUUUUGGGUGUGGUCUUCCCCACUAUAUUAACUAAGUAAGCUCUAAGCCUUCUGUGCUUUCUUUUAAGGUAGGUGUCACAACAGAAGAUAUUGACAAAGUUGUACACCAGGCAGCAAUCUCAUUUGGUGCUUAUCCUUCUCCGCUGAACUACAAGGGAUUUCCCAAGUCUGUUUGUACAUCUGUUAACAAUGUCGCUGUCCAUGGAGUGCCUGAUAGGUAAUGUAGCUCUCAUUGAUAUAUCAUGGCAGAAUAAUGAGGGGGACAUGGGGGUUUACGGUAUUGCGGUAUUGAGCUUUUUUUCAAGCGGUAUUUCGGUAAUUUUGAUUUUAAUGUGCAGUAUUGCAGUAUCAUCCAGCCCUGCGGUAUGUGGUUUUUCAUCCCUCUGGCUAACCGUAUUCAGUAAAAGAAGAUCCUUCAUGGUAUAAUUUGCGGUACUGUUCAUUUGCCCUCUCCUGUCUAAUGUAGGUCAAUGUUUGGAAGACUUUAGACUUAACCGUAAAUGAAUACACAAUUUCUGACAAUUACUCUAUGAUGAAAUUGGCAGGACAUCCAAUGACCUGGCUUUUCGAUCGUUGUACUGAUCAAUUCGAGAUCUUCUCACGUUUUCUCGUGAAGGCUGAGGUUGAUUUCUGGCGUAUACAUGCUUCAGAUAAAAAAAAACAAACAAACAAACAAAAAAACAUGUGAGAUGGAUACAACAUUAAGUAAGUGUCAGAGAUCAUAAAUGCGGUAUCGGUAUUUCGUCCAUUUUCGACACGGUAUUUUGGUAUUUGCCAAUUUUUCGUACGGUAUUGCGGUAUUGGGUACCCCCCAAUGUCCCCCUCAAUAACAUCUAAAUCAACUACUCCUUCAAAUUAAUGUCUUUGAAAUACACACACACACAACCAAGAGAAGUUCUAUUUAUGUUGAUUUAUUUUAUUUCGUCUACUUGUUACUAUUAGGAGGAUUAUUGAAGAAUUAAGUAUUGUUUCUUAACAAUCACCAAUUAUUUUGAGACAAUACUUGAGAUACAUUUUGGCAUAAGAUGGCUUUGUGAAUCUGACACCUUUGCCCACAAAUAAUUAUUGAUGCUGUACGAAGCCCCCUCUCUCCACACAGGUUUUAAUCUAAAAAACCACUUUUUUGUCGAUUUGCUCUUCUAUAAAUCUUUCCCAUAAUCUUUUGACAAUUUUGCUAACUGUGGAGUUCACGAUAGUUACUGACAAUAGUGAAAUUGUAUAUCGUUGCAAUAUGUUCAGAAAUAACAUAUGAAAUUAUUGAUAAUUUAGUUCUUUCCACUUUGUCUUUACAGUCGGCCCCUUCAGAAUGGUGACAUUGUCAGCGUGGAUGUUUCGGUAAGUGUAAUCCCCAAGCAGUUCACAUCAUUUUUUUUUUAUUUUAACAAAACUUGGAGAUGCAAUCAACCAGAACUUGUUUAUUGUUUAUAACUGCUAGGCGCUACCCCUGUUUGGGGAACCGAAACUAGAUGAAUAAGCAAUGAUUUGUUGUCCAAACCGGGCUUUAGAACAGAAUUUCUCAUACCUGAGAACAUCCAAACGUUUUAAGAUCCUUUAUCAUCAUCCAUCAUUUAGUUAGUUGCUUGCUUAUCCCUUGUACUGGCUACAUAUACGCUGUCAGAGUUCUUAUGUGUAAAUAUUGGUAGAAGUAAUAUAUUAAAUGUUAUUUAUUUCUCUACUACUGUAAGCCUAGAUGCAGUGCUGGGAAAAGAAAUGGGAGAGGAGGAACGUCUUGUGUACUGUGUUUUUCUCUGAAGGGGCAUAGGACAGGACUUCACAAAGGCUGUUAUUCCUGGUAUAUUUAGGUCUAAUGUUAACUGUUGCCAAUUUUAGGUCUAUAUAGGAGGUGUACAUGGUGAUCUGUGUGAGACUUAUGCAAUAGGCUCUGUGGACCCACCAGCACAAAAAUUAUUAGAAAGCGGUCGAAUGUGUUUAGAUGCUGCUGUCAACAUCUGUAGCCCUGGUACAAGGUUUUCUUGGAUUGGUAAUACAAUAAGGUACAUGCUUUAUGUGCUGCAGAUUGCUUUAAUAGUCAUUUAAAGCAAAGAAGUGGAACACUUGUAUAAGUUAUAGACCAUUUUUAAACUUUUCUUUUUUGUUCAACUUUUGACUGGGACUAUAGUUAGCGAAAAUCCAUCAAAAUGGCUGGAAAGAACCCCUUAAAAUCUGUAAAGCUGCCAAGUUUGAGAGUGAUUUGUUGUAAAGUAAUGAAGAGAUAUGUGUAGCUCUGCAAAGUUGCGGAAUUUUACAGUCGUUUGUACGGUGGGGGCAGGUUUGUGUACCACACCACACAAACCUCUUUUUGGAGCAAUAUCUUUGCUUGCCUUAGAUGCCAAGGCUUAGUAUAUUUGUUAAUUUUAAAGCACCCUCUCCUGCAGUGUGGAUGGAUAAUUGCUAACUGGUUCCAGACAAACAAAAGUUGGAAAAAAAAACGUGGAAGGGUCUGUUAUGGUCAUAGGUACUCUGAAGGGUACUGCUCUUUUUCCCUAGAGUUCAUAAUAAGAAGUACCCAGUCCCCCCACGUCAUGAUGAUUUGGCUAACCCAAGGGUCUUAAUUUUGCAGCUUCAUGGCUAAGAAAGAUGGAUUUAGAGUUUGCCCUUAUCUGGCAGGUCAUGGUGUAGGAUCAGUGUUUCAUGGACCACCUGAAAUCUUGCACACAGGUGUGCAUGUAAGCUAUUAUAAAACAAAAUGGUUAUAAAUAAUGGUUAUACUUCAGUAGUGUAAUCCUCCAUUAAGCCCCCCUUCUCUAACAAUCUCCCCAAGAUGUUAUUUAGUCCCCCCUCCCCUCCCUCAUUAUUUUCAAAUGAUAAACUGAACUGUAACACUUCAUGUGGAAUGAUUUGGUUAUGGUGUAUUCACGUGUUGGAAGUUCUUAUUUGUUCUUGAUCUUUGUUCGUAUGACCUCCAACCUCAUGUGACUGAGCUUUUCCACUUUGUGAACUAGUUUUUAUGGAGAACUGAUACCAUCAUUUUUGCUAAAUUAAAUAAACCUUCCUCCCUAUCAACCCCCUUGCUCAACAGGGGGUUUAUGUUUUUUUUUCUUUACUUUGUAGUUAAUUUCAAUCCUGGAAAAAUGGAGGCAGGAAUGACAUUUACUAUAGGUAGGUGUUUUAAAACAAAUGUGUCGUUUAUUCCCAUGGUGCUCUGCAUGCAUAGCAGGAAAUUCAGUGCCGGAUCCAGACUUUGAGAUAAGGUGGGGAGCGCGGCAGUCUCCAAAAAAUUUUUUUCAGCCCUUCAGGCUACAGUUUGGUCUUCAAAUUAAGGGGGGCUUGGGCCCCCAACCCCUACCCUGGAUCCGCUACUGAAAUUCAUCACUAACAGGGGCUGAGCUAGGAUUUUUCAAGGGGGGGGGGGGUAGGGGCCAACCUGUGUCACCACUAGGGGAUUUUCUAGAUUGGCAUGUCGACAUCCGAGCCGGGUUUUACUGAAAGUGACGGUUUUUUUUUCCGAUGAGCCGUGGGUGUGGGGGGGGGGACAAGCCCACCAGAUAACCGCCAUGAUUAAAAAUUUUUGCUACUGGGCAGCGGCGCUGUCACAAAAAAUUUUUUUGCCGCCCUUCGGGCUGCCUUGGGGGACAAAAAAAGGGGGGGCCCGGGGCCCCCACCCCCCCCACGGACCCCGCACAGAAAAUAAACCACAAAGGGGGGCGGGUGUGGGUUUUUGAAGGGGGGGGGGGGGUAGGGGUCACACUGUGUCACACCUAGGGUAUUUACUAGAUUGGCAUGUCGACAUCCGAGCCGUGUUUUACUGAAAGUGACGUUUUUUUUUUCGGAUGAGCAGUGAGUGUGGGGGGAGGAACAAGCCUACAAGAUAGCUGCAUAGAUUAAUAAUUUAUGCUACGUGGAACUUAGUUAGUAAGUUCCAACAGAAACUCAUGGGGGGUUGUCAACCCCUUAUGUCUAUGAGUUUCUGGUUCCAUGUAGCGUAAAUUACUCUAUUUUAGUUACGAAAAGAGCAUGGUCUACCGCAGAUGUUAGGUCCUGCAUCUGGAGUAAGUAACUAUCUACAAUCCCGGACAAAACUACUUGAGAAAGUUUUCCCCAUCAUGUCCACUUUCCUAUGCAACAAAACUAUUUCCAAAACGAUGCCUUUGCGGAAAGAAAACCCCUUCCCCCAAUUCAACGUUGCUUCCCACAAACACCCCGGGAUCAGGCUUUCUUUUGAAUACACAACAACAUUGCUUUCAGGGGGAGGGGGAGAGGGAAGAACCGGUACAGCUACGAUGUUUAGAAAAAUGUUGUCCAAGUAUACAAUUUUCUCAACAGUUUUGUCCAAGAUUGUAGCACUGGAAAAGAUUUAUUGCAUGUUAAUUCUUCAGAUUCAUGUGAUUUGGCCAUCUGAAUUAUCGGGACAUAAAACAAUUAUCUCACAAAGGGGAGGGGGGGUCAUAGACACCCCAGGACCACCCCCUACUAGCUAUGCCCCUGACUAAGACCAUGGUGACAAACAAGUGAAGACUGCAGGUUCAGUUCAAUACAAAUCUUGAAAUGCGUAGUCAAAAUAUGGCGUUUUUACCAUGUUUAUUUUUAAUAUUUCAGAGCCUGUUCUUUGUGAAGGAUCACCCACAAUAAAAAUUCUGGAAGAUGGCUGGACUGUCAUCACUGAAGAUGGCAAAAGGUAUCACCUGUACAUGUUUCUCCUCCAAAUUUGGUUUGAUGUAAUUAUAUGAUGUAAAUUGAACAGAGGUCAAGAGCUUGGAGCUGAAGGUCAUGGCCGGUCUGCACCUUAAGCUAUGUCAUAACAAAUUUUCUUUUUAGAAUAAUAUUAAUUGUUAGUAUAGAGGUUCAACUGUUUUGAGAUUAAAGCUGUGUCAUUUUUUUAUUUUUCUUCUUUAGGACAGCUCAGUUUGAACACACAGUGCUAAUAACAGAUACAGGUGUUGAGGUGCUUACAGCAGACACGGAAGAUUGACACAGAAACCAGCAAUUUGGUUUUUAUUCUAUCUUCUCUCUGUCUGCUGGAGUGAGGCAGUAAGAAGAGAGACCUUGGAGUUAAGAAGAGGGCUGGAGUAAACAAAUAUAAGUGUAUAUUUUUAAUAAAAAAAAAACAACGACA